AUGAGAGCCACGAUACUGUCAGCGCUGGCGCUCGCCGGCGCAGCGCUCGCCGUGCAAAGAAGAGACUCUGUCCUCGAGGCGAACCCGAACAAGCAGAGCAAGAUGCCGGUGGUCAUGGGGCUCAAGACGUCGAACUUCCAGCAGAAGCAGGACGCCGGCCUGUUCGACCCCGGGCGGUAUAAGAUCCAGGAGGCGACCAAGUGCCAGGGCGGCAAGGCGGGCGAGUACAGCUGCAAGAACGUGGACUUGCUGGGCCACCUGACGCACGAGACGAUGGGCAGCCAGACGCGCGCGGGCAACGACAUCUGGGGCUGGACGCACACCGACGGGCGCGAGUUUGCCAUUGUCGGCCAGACCGACGGCGUGGCCUUCAUCGAGGUUCUCAAGAACGGCACCCUUCGAUACCUCGGGCGGCUGCCCACGCAGACGGGCAACGCCAUCUGGCGCGACAUCAAGGUGCUCAACAACCACGCGUACAUCGUGGCGGACGCGUACGGCCACGGCCUGCAGGUGUUUAACCUCACCAAGCUGCUGGCCGUGGGCAGCGAGCCCAAGACGUUCAGCAAGCUGCUGGACCUGGCGGCGUGGUACGUGGGCUUCGGCAGCGCGCACAACGUGGUGGUCAACGCGGAGAGCCAGACGGUGUUUGUCGUGGGCGCGGGCAAGGACGGGCUGGACGGGGCGUGCAAGGGGCUCGCGGGCGCCGCCUCCUCCAACGCCAACUCGUCGUCCAACGGCGGGCUCAUCAUGCUGGACGCACGCGACCCGGCCAAGCCGAAGCUCACCGGCUGCGCGGGCCAGGACGGCUACGUGCACGACGCCCUGGCAGUAACAUACCAAGGCGCCGACACGCGGUACCACGGGCGCGAGAUCGUCUUCGGCUGCAACGAAGACACGCUCACCAUCUACGACGUGACGGACCGGGCCGCGCCCCUCAUCCUCAGCAAGACCACCUACGACGGCUUCAACGGCACGGGCGCGUACACGCACCAAGCCUGGCCCGUCGACGGGCCCUCCCUCACGCACCUGCUCCUCGACGACGAGCUCGACGAGGAGCACCGCGCGCACCAGCCCGGCGGCAACGGCGACGCGCACACGACGACCUACGUCUUCGACGUGCGGGACCUCACGGCGCCGCGCUGGACGGGGCGCUACAAGGCGCCCGUCAAGAGCGUCGACCACAACCAGUACGUGCGCGACGGGCUGAGCUACAUGGCCAACUACGGCAGCGGGCUGCGCGUCGUGGACGUGUCGGGCGUGGUGGCCGACCCGUCGGGCCGGAGCAUGCGCGAGGUGGCGCACUUUGACUGCUUUCCCGACGAUGACGCCGAGGGCGGCAAGCCCGAGUUUAACGGCGCGUGGACGGCGUAUCCGUUUUUUGCGUCGGGCACGGUGCUGCUGAAUUGCAUUGAGAGGGGCGUGUUUGCGCUCAAGGUGAAUAGGGGCGCGGAGUGA